AUGCCUGGCUGGAUCCCCAAGAAGUUUCCCGGCAAAAUUGCCGAGCCGAUGAUCCCUUUCUACGCCGCAGGUCUGAUUGUCCUGUACGCAGUCAACGCUGGUGCCAACGCCAUGAUGGCUUCGGACGAGUUCAAGAACGACCCUCGAAACCCCAACGCGAAAGCU